AACUCUCCAAGCCGAACAGUGAAUGAAGUUGGCGGUGCGCAAAAGUAAAUUUUACUCAAACUUUCAAUUUAUAAACGCAUUUUAAGGAAGAACUCCGCAUGAAGGCUGUGCACGCGAUGUGCAUUUGAACAGUUUAUAGUUAUUGUUAUAUCCAUGUUAUUGUUAAAGCAAGCACUGAUAGCAAUUUUCCACAGCAUUCGUUGGAUGUUUUAAAAAAAAAAAAACACGCGCGUUGCGCGUCGUAUGAAACAUAUUCAAAAGUUGUUUGCUGCCUAUGUGCAUGUGUGCGUGUGUGUGUGCUUGUAUGUAUAUUUGUAUGUAUGUGCGCUGGCUUUAUUAAACAUUAACAUUGCGAAAAAUCAAUACAUAAGUCCCUCAGUGCUUGUGUGCUGUGCACCGUGUGUGGCAUUUGUGCAAAAAAUUGUGUUAAACAAAAAGGACAAUCCAAGGAUAACGCCAGCAAGCGGUGCUUGGCGGUAGGGGCCAAGCAACACGCGCCCAACGCAUCCAGAACGAGAUCAUCAGGCACGAAUUGAGCUUCCCUUAGAGCUUCCAUUGGCGCUGGAGUUGGUCGGCGAUUGUGAAUUGAGCGAGUGUUGGGGGCAACACCAGCAACGAAGACAACAGCAGCAAUAGCAACAACCACAACAACAACAACAACAACAACAACAACAGCAACAACACGAUGUCAGCUGCCACACAAGAGUUUUGCGUGCGUUGGAACAGCCAUUUGGGCAGCAUUGGAGCGGCCUUUCCGCAACUAUUGGCUGGCCAGAGAUUCGUGGACGUGACACUGGCCUGCGAGGGCCAUCAGGUGCAUUGCCAUCGGCUGGUGUUGGCCGCAUGCUCCACCUACUUUGAGGCCAUAUUGGCCGAGAAUCCGUGCAAGCAUCCGGUCAUCAUAUUGCCCAGCGAGAUCAAGCUGUGGGAGAUUCAGGCCCUGGUCGAUUUCAUGUACAAGGGCGAGGUGAAUGUGACGCAGGCUGGCUUGGGCCAACUGUUGCGCUGUGCCGAGCAGUUGCGUAUACGGGGCCUCUAUGGCUCCGAGGCGGCCAUCAACUACAAGCAGCUGCAGCAGAUGCGUCAGGAUAUGGCGGCGCAAGACUCGGCAACCACAGUCAAGCAGGAGCAACAGCAGCAGCAGCAACAACAACAACAGCAGCAGCAGCAGCAACAUAUGGACAGCACUGAGACGGAUGAUACGGCCACCAAUUCGACGACAUCGACAACAACAACAAGCACAACGGCGCUGUCUGCCAAGCAACAACAACAGCAGCAGCAACAACAACAGCAGCAGCAGCAACAGCAACAAUUGCUACUGCAACAGCAGCAACAACUGCAGCAAAAGGAGCAUCGUCAGCGCCAGCAGACGAAUGGCAACAAUACGUUGCAAUUGCAGCUCUUACAACAGCAGCAACAGCAGCAGCAACAACAACAAUUAAAUGCGGGCUCAUCAGCGGCCGCAUCCAACAAUUCGAAUGCAGCAACCGAAGAUGAUUCAGCGGAUGAUGCGAGCAACAAUUGGAACGUCUAUAGCGAGAACUAUGAAGACUUUGCGAACAACAAGCUGAAUGCACAUCUGCUGCAGCAGCAACAACAACAGCAGCAGCAGCAGCAACAGCAGCAGCAUUUACAAUUGCAGCAUCAUCUGGACUCGACCAUCGAGGACGAUCACAACUAUGUGGCUGCGCAUGAUGAGGACAACGAUAGCAGCGGCUUCAUUGGCAAUGUGGGCAGCACCAGCGGCCUGGCCAGCAAUGUGGCUGGACUGUCGCUGAGCAUGGACGCCGAUCUGGAUACGUCGGCAAAUACGUCCGGCUCCUCGCUGAUGCACAGCUCCAUCGAUGGCUAUACAUCGUAUAAGCGUGUGAGACGCUCGGAGGCGUCGCUGGCCCAGGCCGCCAAAUGUGUGUCCAAGGGCGAAACCUUUCAGACAGUGAGCAACAUGUUCAACAUACCCGUCUCCACCAUACGCUUCUAUAUGGCCCGCAAGGGCAUCUUGCCGAAGCGCAAGCGUGGCCGAGGCGCCUCACAUGCCGGCAGCACCAUCACAACGACAACCGGGUCGGGCAACUCACCGGCUGCGGCCGCAGCGGCGGCAGCAGCAGCAGCGGCCACCAUGGCGGCGGCCACCACAUUGGGCAGCCUGUCGACAGCCGGUGCGCAUCAUGUGCCCCAUCAUUUGCCCCUGGAUGCCAUACAAUUGAAACGUCUGACUAAUGCCAGCGGCGGAGGUAGUGGCGGCGGCGGCGGUGGAGCCGGCAGUCCGACAACGGCAACGGGCACAGCGGCAACAGCAACAGCGGCGGCGGCAGCAAUGGCAGCAGCAGCAGCUGCUGCUACGUCAUCGCCCACAGCACAGCGACUGGAGGUGGCAACAGCGGCCGGAGUGCCCUUUCAUCUGCUCAGCGAUGCGGCAGCCUUCAAGCUGAGCGAACAGCAACAGCAGGCGCAUAUAAUCUAACCAUGAGGUUGGCUUCGCUUGCACUCAAUCUAUAUGUGAGGCGUGAGAGGCGUGAGAGGCGUGAGAGGCGUGAGAGGCGUGUGAGGCGUGUGAGAGUGAGCCGAGCUCUGUGGGACAAUCGAAAGCUAUUGCGGAAUGGGGCCGAGAUGCAGCUACUCAUUGGCUAAGAUAACACGCGUAUAUACGUACACAUAUAUAUAUAUAUAUAUAUAUAUAUAUAUAUAUAUAUAUAUACAUACACCUGCAUAAAUCUGCACACACACAAACACACACGCUCACACACACUCAUGCGUAGUCGCUUUAAAAGCAAUUCUCAACCUUUAAACACAACUGUUCCUCGAGGAAGAAAGUAGAAAGUAAAGAAGAAAUGCUGACAUGCAAUAGUUGAGAUACAGUUAAAAUAUAUAUAUAUAUAUAUAUACAUAUAUAAGUGUAUAUAUAUAUAUAGACAUGUCUCUAUUUGUACCAUACAAAGCAUACGCAUAUAGAUCUAACGUAUGUUUUGUAUCUUUGGCAAAACACCUCUAACCCGCCCCUAAUUGUAUGUAUCGCUUAUAAGAUUUAAGGUUAAGUUUUUACAUUGUAAUAUAGUGACAUGACAUUGUUUUCUUUCAUGCCGGCGAUAAGUUUCACACAAACAACAACAACAACAACAACAGCAACAACUAACCCCAGUCCAAACCAACUCAAACAACCAACAACAACAACAAACACAUUACAUUUUGUGCAGUUAACAGACAGUACAAUAAUAAUUAAUAAAUAUGAUAAUUAUAGAAAAAAUCAA